CGCCGGCCUCGAGGACCGGAGCGCAGCGGGCUGAGCACACCAGGAUCCGCAUUGCGAGCGGAUUCAGCGGAGUUUCGUGCGCCUAGCGGGCACAGGCUCCAGGUAACCUAGGCCGGGCCGGUGGCCUUGUGGCCCAGCAAAUCUGGACAGCACAGAGCCGGAUUUACGCGGGUGGGACCGGUUCCGCUCGGAAGGGAGUGGAGCUGAUACGGGGUGAGAGGUCGCUCGGUUCCGGUGCACCGGGCUAGGAUGGAGCAGGAGUCCUCUUCCCACCCUCCUUCCGGUCCAUCAGUGGGACGCCGCCACACUGUGGCAUCUGGAAGUCACUUUCCGACCUCUUUUUCCCGAACCCGGACUGUGAAAACCCUGCUAGGACAUGUCAUCAUUGCUGGAUGCCUGGUGUGCGACAGAAACCUGGCAGCACAGUAGCUCCUCUAAACAAGUGCAGGAUGUCACCAAGAACCAGGGCCCCAACGAGUCCAACCUUCCUGUGAUUCUAAAAGUGCCAUCUCGUCCAGUGAUAGCUUGUCCUACUGGUGACUCAUCUGGCCACAACAGAGGGAAACUGGAGGAAAUACCAUUGGCAUCCAAGGCCUGGAAGAUUGCUCCAUCUCAAAGGGAAACCUCUGACUGUUAUUUGAAAUGCCGAGAAACUUGUUUCGGAGGAGACUUUUCUCUUAUCCUGCAAAAUACUACUUUUUGGGUCUUGUCCUCUCUCUAAUCACUUUCUCUGUUCUAAAAAUUCAUCAGAAGCCUGAAUUUGUUAGCAUCAGACACUUGGAGCUUGCUGAAGAUGAUGCGAAUAGCAAUAUCAAUUGCACCAAAGUUUUACAGAGUGACCCUGAUGAAAUCCAGAAGGUGAAGCUUGAAUUACUAACAGUAAAAUUCAGAAAGCGCCCUCGGUGGACACCAUAUGAUUAUAUAAACAUGACUCGUGACUGUGCCUCUUUCAUCAGGAUGCGCAAAUAUAUUGUACAGCCCCUUAGCAAAGAAGAGGUAGGCUUUCCAAUAGCGUAUUCCAUAGUUGUUCACCACAAGAUUGAAAUGCUUGACAGGCUCCUGAGGGCCAUCUAUAUGCCUCAGAAUUUCUACUGCAUCCACGUGGACAAAAAAGCCGAGGAACCCUUUUUAGCUGCAGUGAUGGGCAUUGCAUCCUGCUUUGGUAACGUCUUUGUGGCUAGCCAGCUGGAGAAUGUUGUUUAUGCAUCCUGGAGUCGGGUGCAGGCUGACCUCAACUGUAUGAAGGACCUGUACAGGAUGAGUGCAAGCUGGAAGUACUUGAUCAAUCUUUGUGGUAUGGAUUUCCCUAUCAAAACCAACCUAGAAAUUGUCAGGAAGCUCAAGUCCUUCUUGGGUGAAAACAGCCUGGAAACUGAGAAGAUGCCUCAGAACAAGGAAGAAAGAUGGAAAAAACAAUAUGCCAUUGUUGAUGGGAAGCUAACCAACACUGGGGUAGCCAAAGCACAGCCUCCACUCAAAACUCCUCUCUUUUCAGGCAGUGCCUACUUUGUAGUCACUAGGGAAUAUGUAGGGUAUGUGCUAGAGAAUGAAGAUAUCCAAAAGUUCAUGGAGUGGGCACAGGACACGUACAGCCCAGAUGAGUACCUCUGGGCCACUGUCCAAAGGAUCCCUGGAGUCCCUGGUUCUCUCCCCUCAAGCAAUAAGUAUGACUUGUCUGAUAUGAAUGCUGUCGCUAGGUUUGUCAAGUGGCAGUACUUUGAAGGCGACGUUUUCAAAGGCGCUCCUUACCCACCAUGCAGCGGGGUCCAUGUGCGCUCCGUGUGUGUUUUUGGAGCUGGUGACUUGAGCUGGAUGCUUCGCAAACACCACUUUUUCGCCAAUAAGUUUGACAUGGAUGUUGACCCUUUUGCCAUCCAAUGUUUGGAUGAACAUCUGAGGCAUAAAGCCCUAGAGACUUUAGAACACUAACUGCUGUCAGGAAUCCUGGGGAAAAUAAGACUGCACAAAGUGUUACUGUCUGUCAUCUGCUUCCACUCAAAGAUGGGUCCUCUUUGGGGCUGUGACUUUUAUUGUUUUGUUUUGUUUCAGGACAGGGUUUCUCUGUGUAGCUUUGUAGACCAGGCUGGCCUCGAAUUCACAGAGGUCCACCUGCCUCUGCCUUCUGUAUGCUGGGAUUAAAGGCAUGCACCACCACCACCACCACCAGGCUGGGUAAUGACUUUUAAGUACAUGUCAGAGAAGCUGCAUGAAUUUUGCAGAAUGCAGUUACAAGAGAGGUUGAUACAUUAAGUAUUCUGGAGCACAUGUGAGGAGAGUUAAGAUGACUAGAGGCUGGGGAAUAUUUUAUAGACACAGGGGACCCAAGUUUAGGAAAGAGUCAGCCUUCCCUACUAAUCUAAGAAACCAGGUACUUAAUCCAAAGGAGAUUUAAUUUGUGCCAAAUUUCUCUUGAGAAUUUUAAGCAUGAUACUUUUCUUGACAUAAUAAAUUUGUGGCAACAACCAAUCACAAAGUUAUGAUUUACCUUGUAUAGUUUUUUGAGUGGACAUUUGGUUUUACUCUUAAGUUAUCCUUGUAAAUGAUCUACUUCCUACUGUGACUCCAUGGGGGUGGUGUCUCUGUGUGUCAUCUCAGGGAGUUUAAAAUAUGUUCAGCAUGACUAUCUCUGUCUUAAUAUUUGCAUAUAACUAUGCAUACAUGUUUUCCAAAGCAGGGAGACCAAAUUUUAUGAAUUCUUUUAAGUUAUUAGAAAAUUCUAGGAACCAGCUGGGUGUGUGGCCUGUGCCUAUGAAGCAGGAUUGUCUAAACUCAAGUGAUAGCAGCUGGGUGGACAAGGAAGCAAGACUCAUAUCUCUUUAAAAAGGAGAAGAAACAAACUGUUUUUCCAGAUAUACAUUUUUUUACCCCACUUUCCCAGACUGCAUGCUGCAAAGUGGCAAAGUACAUGAAGGCCGUCUAUCAGUACUUUGAGUCUUUGAUGUUGUUCCAUCACCAGUAACUAUUGCAGAAAACUAGGAAGGAUAUGGAAGGUGGAGACUAUGAUGGCCAUUGCUAAGGCCCCAUGUUUAUAGCCAGCAAUUGGCUCUAUCCCAAGGAAUUAAGAUUUCUGCCUACUGGACCCACUAGUGAACCCUGGCCUUGAGUUUUCUUGUUAUCUGCCCACUGGCUUUUCUUACACUGUUAGUUGCUAGUUUCUUCCUCUUUCCUGGUCUUUGCUGAGGAGGAAAGAACAACACUUGUCCGAAUGAAGUGUUUGGAGGCCUGGGAAGAGAACUGUAGUAUUACAGUGAGUUUUCACCAGAAGACAAAUGAUAGAGGGUUUCAGUAGUUCUGACUCUCGUCUUGUGUCAAAGGAAGUUUUGUUUUCCCCCUCUUAAUAUUAUUUAGCUAAAUGUAAAUUGUUCGGCCAGAAUUCUAAUGACCAUGAAGCCUUGUCAUUUAAUAUUGGAUUUUAAACAAGAAUCGACACCAUGUACUUUUAUUUCUAAAACAUAGUCAUCUUUAAUAACCCAUGAGAAAAUCAUAGCACCAGACAAUUUUAGGGCAUUCAACUGAGAAAGUAUGUUUUCUGCCUCAAAGCUAGAAUAUAUUUUUCUUGUAAUGACAACUCUUAUCUUUAGAAAAGCUAGGUUUGGGGUUGGACCAAUAGAAACAUGCCUGCUGUGGAACUGCAUCGCUGAUUCAAUGCAAUGAUAGUUCUGGGUGCCCGCUCUACUGGCUUCUGGUUUCUUUCUUUAGUUUGUGUCCAGGUUUCAUUGAAUACUUCUUUUACUAGACGGGCUUUUACCUAUGAGACAAAGCAUCUUUUAAAUCUAAAACCCGUGGUACCUGGAGACAUAAAAUGUGUGCAAACAGCUGUGACUUGAACAGUUUUUCUGUUUCUGUUUUGAAAAUGCAGGGUUAAAGCAAUCUCCAGUGACCCAGCAAGCAACCUUUACCUGAAGUCACCAGCAGUUAACACAUAGGGCCCCAUUUGCUUUAUACUGGAUGAACUCUUGAACUUUGUAAAACUGGAAAUUAUUAUUUUUUUUAAAUCAAGCAUUGUAUGUUAUUCAUCGAAACACUCUUAGUAUUGUAGUGUGGCUGCAUUUAAUUUACAGUAAAAUGGCAAGUUUGAAGGUCUUUUUCUUCCCCUACUGUAGGAGUAAAACUAGGAUUCUAGAGUUCCUGAGUCCACAUUUAAUGCUGUGAAGUCUCCACACUUACUGAUACCUCACCUUCCUAGCACUGCAUGUGUUGAACUGUGUCUGAUGCUUGAUAGUGCCCUGAUGCUUGACACAGGCAGGGCCUAUGCAGCGUCUGUUACUGGGACUCAAUGAAUUCUGAUUAUACAUUUUCCAAUAUGACUUAAAGCAAAAGAAAUCCAUACAGAGACAAAUAAUUCAGAGAACUAAAAAAAAGCAAACUUGAAAAUAAAAUCAUAAGACAGUCCAGAAGAACACAAUUCCGGUUCAUUGGGAGAGAUAAGGGCUUUAUAUAAUUUACUUCAUAUUUGUUAAUGAACACUAAUUUUAAAAUAAAAUCAUUAAGGUCUUGUAUAGAAAACUUUUAGUAAAUACUUUCACAAAUAAAAUGGAAUUUUAGCUAUUAAGUCAAUCAAGAUGUGUAUGUCAUUUGUUUAAAACUAAUUUUAAAAGAUUGUUUAUCUUAUAGGCAACUGCCUAGGUUCUUUCAAGGCCAAGGUAACAAACUGCUUAAAAACCAGGAACAUUAUGAUUUCAAAACAUGUAUCUGUGUCACCCAGGGUUCAUUUCAAUGAAUUUACUUCUUCACAUGACUUGGAAGAGGCUGUUUUAAUAGUUCAUGUGUAGGAAUGAUGGACCUGAAUGUUUUUAGUUGUUUAAAUCAUCAUUAUGAAGAAUAAAAUGCAAUACUAUUUAUGAUAAAUUUUACUUAAUCAGUCAUAUCAUCAUUAAAAUCAA